CGUCUUGACCAAGCUCGUGGCUCCCGGCGGCUGCUCCCAAGCUCUGCCUCUGAGGGCGGGGCCUGGCUGAGGGGUCUGACCCGGCCCUGCCCCUGCAGGAGAAACCAGGAUCGGCAGAAGCAUCCCAUGCUGCCGGAGGCUGGAACCUGACAGGAGGAAACACAUCUGAGAAGAGCUGUGUCUGCAGUGUCAGCAUGGAUUUCUCAGGCUAUGCAGGGAUGGAGAACCUUCAACAGUGUUAAGUGUACGACUGUCAGCUUAUGAGAUGGCGUCUUUGCAAAGGAAAGGGCUGCAAGCGAGGAUGCUCAGCUCUGAAGAAGAGGAGAAACUAAAAAGAGACCAAGCUUUGGUGUCUGAUUUUAAACAGCAAAAACUGGAAAAAGAAGCUCAGAAGAACUGGGACCUGUUUUACAAAAGAAACAGUACUAAUUUCUUCAAAGAUAGGCACUGGACCACCAGAGAGUUUGAGGAGCUAAGAUCAUGUAGGGAGUUUGAAGAUGAAAAACUUACUGUGCUUGAAGCUGGCUGUGGGGUUGGGAACUGUUUAUUUCCACUUUUAGAAGAAGAUCUGAACAUUUUUGCCUAUGCCUGUGAUUUUUCUCCAAGAGCGGUUGAGUAUGUUAAGCAAAAUCCUUCAUAUAACACAGAAAGAUGCAAGGUAUUCCAGUGUGAUCUGACUAAAGAUGACCUUCUGGAACAUGUGCCCUCAGAGUCUGUGGAUGUCGUCAUGUUGAUAUUUGUGCUCUCAGCUAUUCACCCUGACAGGAUGCAGCUUGUCUUACAAAAUGUUUACAAGAAUGGUGAAGAACAGACUGCAUUUGCCAUCGGAAGACCUGGAUUUUCAUCUUCCCAAUUCCACCAAUUUGCCUUGAGACCUCAGGUAUUAAAACCAGGCAAAUGUGUCUUAUUUCGUGACUAUGGACUGUAUGAUCAUGCUAUGCUUAGGUUUAAAGCUGGCAGCAAGCUUGGAGAAAACUUCUAUGUUAGACAGGAUGGAACCAGAUCCUAUUUUUUUACUGAUGAAUUCCUGGCUCAGCUCUUCACGGACACAGGUUAUGAAGAAGUGAUAAACGAGUAUGUGUUUCGAGAGACUGUGAAUAAAAAAGAAGGCCUAUGUGUGCCCAGAGUUUUCCUCCAGAGCAAAUUCCGGAAGCCUCCAAAGCACCCAGCACCCACCUCCCCAGGCCCUGGCCCUGAGUCACAAGUCCUGAUCUUUCACGAAGUAGACGCUUGUGCCUCCAUUUGAAGAAGCAGUUUAAAAUCAGUCUUUUUACUUUGUAUGUUUUUAUAUUUUAAUGGUUUUUUAAAUGAGCAUAUAUCAUUUUUGUGUGAAAAAGUUGUAUGUUCGUGCAAAUAAAAUUGCAAGGCCUAAAAAGGGAAGAAAGCAUUAUGGUAUAACACAAGUUAGCCGUGUUGUUGGACUGUGAAAUUCCAUGAAGAAAAGAAUAAGGGCCCCACAGGACUUGGAGGCCCUGUCAUUGUUCAAUGACUCUGUAAGUGUGCCUUGAGGCAGAGUGUCAGACAACCCUGUGAGAAGUGAGGCCAGAUGGCCUAAGAUAGCACAUCCUGAUGGAUUUUUACCCCAUAGGAUAAAAAUGUGCACUUUUCUUCUCUUUUUCCAGUGUUUCAUAUUUGCCUGUUUUCCUCCCCCUUCAUUUCACUUAUGUAUCUCUUCAAGACCAGUGUACCACAAAUACCAGUUUUGCUAUGUCUGUGCUCAAGAAUUUACCUCACUGCCUGAUUCUGAGACCCUCCAUAAUUGGGCCAGUUCCUGGGAGAGGGAGGGGAAGGCCACCACCUAUCCCCCAUCUGUCUAAUACCAUGUCACCAGUACAGUGGAUGUCUAGAGAUGAGUUUCAGAACUGAGAGGGGCAUUAGAAUGGACUGUCCCAGCUUCCUGUCCAGAAAAGAGGAAGCAGUGGCUAGGUGGUAAAUGACGAGGCCAAAAGCAGAUAGCUGGUGGUGUGUUGGAGAAUGGGGAAUACCCGGGAUCGUUCUGUUGAGCUGUUUCCUGAACUGAACACCAUAUAUGGCUUUUACUUUAUGAAAUAAAAUCAAAGUUCUGUUUGCCUACGAACAAAA